ACAACAACCACCUCAUCAACAACAACCACCUCAUCAACAACAACCACUAGCACAACAACCACUAGCACAACAACUACAUCAUCAACAACAAAAACGACAACAACUACAACAACAACAUCAACUACUACAACAGCAAUACCGAGUGAGUACUAUGUUAAAUGAUUUGUAG